AAAAAGGAAAUCUACAGAGGCAUGUUUUAAGUAAUCAUUCAGAUAUAAGCAAAGAAGUUUUGUGAAUGCAACUUCCUGCUUUGCUCUAAUGGAGGUGGGGCUCAACAAUGAUGGACCUUGGCAUGGCGAGAGCAGAACCACAGCAUCUGGGAAGGGCCACAGCACCAGCAAGAUGCAUCAGUGCUCCUUCUGUCCUUACUCCACAAAUGUUACUACUAAUCUCAAGAAUCAUAUGCGAACUCACACUGGGGAGAAGCCUUUUCAGUGCCCGCAUUGUUCAUUCUGCACUACUCAGAAGGGAAGCUUGAGAACACACAUUCGCAAGCACACGGGAGAGAAGCCUUUUGCUUGCUGUCACUGUGAUUAUCGUUCAUCUACAAAGGGUAAUUUAAAUGCUCAUAUGACUGUGCAUCGUGCUCAAAUCAUUGAGGGUAUUAAGAAAGAAAGGGAAAUGCCCGUUCCUCAGGUAUCUGUUACGUAUUCUCCACGUACCCACGUCUCUUCUCGGUACGCUCCUUCCUCCCCUCGAAACACUACUGCCUCCCACCGAUAUACCCCUGCCUCUCCUCGAUAUGCUUCUGCCACCUCUCCUCGGUAUACUCCUGCCCCUCCUCGGUAUACUCCUGCCUCUCCUCGAUACACUCCUGCCUCUCCUCGAUAUACUCCUGCCUCUCCUCAAUAUACUCCUGCCUCUCCUCGAUAUACUCCUGCCUCUCCUCAAUAUAUUUCUGCCUCUCCUCAGUAUAUCCGAGCCUCAACAGAUUUGGACCCGGACUCCUCUUCCGUUACCUAUGUCUCUCCCAUAAUUGAAACUGUUACGUGUGAACUUGAUCCAUUGUCUCCUUCCAAUGAUUAAUAACUUUAAAUUUUGUAUGAAAACAGGCCUUGUAACCACUCUUAUGUUCCUUAUAUAAGGAUUCAUAUGCAGACAGCUCUUUAAGUAUUACAAGUGCAUAACAAAUUCUGUACCUAUAAUUUUAUUUUCGCCAGUAUUUUGCAAAGCUUUUAAUAUUUGGAGGCAGUGAAUUAGGUAGUCUUGUUUCAGAUAGUAUAGAGGAAAGCAUUGAAUUUGUGGGCCUCUUUAAGGCAAUCUAAGGUUUCUUUUAAUGUUUAAUAUUUAACUCAACCAGUUUGUUUGCAGAAAUCUACUUUAAUGUUUAAUGAUAAUUCUAAGCAUUUUAUGGAGUGAUAUUUAUGAUAUUUACUUGUGUUGGAAUGAGAUGUUGAAGUGCUCUCAAGAUGUUGAAGUUUGUUUUACAAACAAACAUCUAUUUUCCUCUUAGUGUUCUUUAAUUUUUUUUUAUUAAAGUUAAUAACAUUGAAACCCUAUGUAUCUCAAGUAAUUAGGUCUCAAGAUGUGCCAGAUAUCUGGAACUCCUGGAUAUAACUCCAGGAGUUUAAACUAUAUCCAGGAUAUAGUUUAAAGUGUUUGAUUCAAGGUAGGAGGCUUUCCCGGGGACUGGGCAGUGGGGACGUUGAGCCCUGAAAUCAUCGCAAGCCAAGGGGAUCUUAAAUAAUGUGGAACUUUGCUACAAUGCAUAGAUCGGAGCAUGGAUUUUUAUGGGUCACAUAAGAGUUGGGAUAAGAAAAUAACUAUUUUUAUUAUGUCCGUGAAUAUUUGUAUCCUAAAAGUACUGUACCAGCUGUUGUUUACCCAUUAAAAUUUAAAAAAUAAUUGAAAAGUGAUUAAUUGAAACAAAAUGAAAUGUACAUAUACACUUUCAAAAUAUAUUUGAAUAACUAAUGUAGCUAAAUGAACAUGAUUCAUUAUCACACAUGUUAAUUGUUUACACUUAAGAUGUACAAUAUUGUAUGUUAGGAAAUAUCAUACUGUAUGCACAGUAGUACUGUACUUAUGUUAACUCCAUGUUAGUACCCUGGGGGUGUUUAAACCAUAAAGAGUGACAAUAAUCAAAAUUGUCACCUCACUUUUGCAUAAAAUAGUAAUAAUAAAUUUGUUCUCAUAGAAUAAUAUAUUGACAUGCAAAAGGGAAGGGAAGUGGAAAAAAUAGUUUUUUUCUGGCAUGUAUGUUAGGAGGGAGCCAGGUAGCCCCAUUGGAUCCGUCAACAAGAAAUAAGCAAUUUGCUGGCCCAUUGCAUAGGGGUGAGGAGAGACAGGCAAGUUUGAUAGUUUUAUGUUCAAUGUUUCACUUUAUGCAGUGUGAAAUAACUCGAUCUAUGAAUACACGAUUGACGAAAAGUGUGAUUUAAUACCGAAUAUAGGCCUCCAAUGAAAUAUGUACCCCUAAUAUUGUAUUGCAUGUAAAUCUGUUGAUGACACAGCUUAGAGGAAGUGUCUUACAACCCCACAACUUUUCUGUUAUUCUGUCAGGGAGUGUUGGUUUAUAUACUGGCAGGAAAGACCAAACUACUAUUUUACAGCAAUCACAAACAACUAGUACAUGAUAUGGGAUAACCAUAUUGUAUAGCAAGUAAUGGUAAAAUGAUUACAUAAUUUUUAUUGGUUUUGGUUAAAUCCAUUACAUCCAUAUAGAUGUAUUUAUUAUAACUAUAUGUAACAACGAUCAUGAGUUGUGUGCGGAUUGAAUGCGGUUGUUACUCCAAGUAUGCGGAAAAUCAGGUUGAAAAAUAGAAGAAUGCUUAGUGCUUUUUCAGCCAUGUGGCCAUCAUGAGAGCACGACAGAAUUUCAAUAGAGAAGAAAAGAAUGGUCAAGAGGUCACCUGACCCACAGGCACAGGUGGCCAGUCUCAAGGGAAAAACAGGUCACUACAUCAUCAAUGUGAGAAUAAACCUCUCCCUGUCUCAUAGGGUAAGAAUACUGUAGUAUAAAUAUAAAAGACAAGUGAACUAUUGAAGAACUAGAUUACAGUAUUUCUUUUUUUCUUUCUUUUUCGUUUUUCUUAACUUCACUCAACAAACCACCUAUACAGAGCAGUGCGUUUUGCCCUUCUCAAGUUGAUAGCACGAUUAUAUAACCUGGAAUGUAAAUACAAUGCACUAGAAUGUUGGACUGUUGGAAUCGAAUAAGAAAGUGGUUUUAAAGGUGAAUGUAACGAUUUACCCGUUUGGCCAAAGUAGAAUGAAGAUCUUCAUUCUACUUUGCUCUGAUGAAGGCGAAUUAGCCGAAAACGUGUUAAGCAUUCUCUAUUUUUCACAUGUGGUUAUUCUUCUCAUAUAUAUAUAAUAUAAUAUAAUAUCAGUUUAAAAUUCAGGCAGUAAUAUCUAAAAUCGGCACACUACGAUAAGUACAUUGGUUUGAGGAUCAACAUAUGAUGGUAGUCACUCUUUAAAGGUUAAAGACCCCCACCUCCCAAUUCCCCCCAAAAUAAUAGUAACCAAUCACAUAAUGAGAUAUAAAUUUGUUUGCGAGAGCGUGUUGGAUUGUAGAAGCAUUGAAAGCUAACAAACAAGUUAUUGAGAAAAUCAACUGGAGCUCUUAAGUGACUGGAACCUGCAACGAGUGUGCUGCCAACCACAACCUCUACCACUGUCACCCCUUCACUUGGUAUAAGUUGUACAAACUGGGAUUUUACUGAACCAACAGGAAGUCUAGAGGCCUCCCUAUACCAAGUUUGACUUAUAAACCCCAGGCGCCCGGGUGUGGGUAAAGUACACCGUGUGCACCAACAUCAAUUACACACAGAGAGAGAGAAAGAAAGCAGGCAAAGACUCUGCUGCUCUCGUUGACAGGGCCGGUGCCUGCUACUCUGGCAGCGUCUUGUGCUGGGUUUUCCUUGACACGCUUCCCAGUGGGCCCCUUCCCUUCACUCUACUGUAUACGUAAAUGUACAUCUACGGCAGAGAAUGAAAGGGAAGGAAAAUAAAAGAGAGAAGAGAGAAAAUAAAAAGCAUACCUGUGUCUUCCAAUCAGAAGUCAAGCCUGGCUUCGGACUGGUCUAGGGGAGAACAACAACUCCAAGAGCCCCAUCAAGCAGGCAUCAGAAAGAGAAAUCACACUUAAUAGGGCAUACUGUGUUGACCUACCUUACUCACACCUGGGCACCUCGGGGUUAUACAUAAAACUUGGUAUGGCUUCAGGAGAGGCCUUGAAACUUGCUGUUGGUUCAAUAGAAUCCCAGGUUGUACAACUUGAACCAAGUGAGGGGGGUACAGUGGUAGAGGCUGUGGUUGGCAGUACGGUGGUCACAGGUUCAAAUAGCCUAAGAGCUACAAGUAAUUUUCUCAUUGAUGUGUAUCACACUAGUGUAUUUUCUCUGUGUAAACAAGUUAUUAUAAUUGAGUUAAUGAUGCAUUUGUUAAAUAACCAUUCAUGUUUGUUUUCAUCUUCAUAAUAAAUAGCUGUAAAAAC